CGUCCCCAAGCCCUCGUCCACUCAACUGCAUCAUUGAACUCCAAGAAAAAAUUAUUUCGAUGUUCGCAUGUUAAAUUUCACCACACCAUCUCAGAAUAACGUGAAACAAUCUGUUUUGAUUGCGUAUUAAUCUUAUCGCAACUGAUGCCGCACCGGUGGGACAGUAUAUAUUGGAAGUAUCAGUAUGAGCGGAGGAUCGAAACAGAGUGUGCGAAUGGCAAUGGACGUCCUAGAGUUGAAUUUUCUGACUGUACAAUUGGCAGAUCAGAGUAUUAACGACAUCAAGAAACGAGAUUGCGAGGAAGUGUGUGAGAAUUUGAGGAUAAUUACUCUGGAGCAAUUAUCGAGGCACGACAGACACGACGACUGCUGGAUUGCUGUGUACGACAGGGUUUACGAUUGCACAGCAUUUAUUGGGAAGCAUCCUGGAGGACAGGACGUCAUCCUCGAGUACGCGGGAAGGGACGCAACCCUUGCCUUCGUGGACUCUGGCCACUCCGUCGAGGCGAAUCGCAUCCUGAGGGAUUAUCUCAUCGGACAACUGCCUCCACACGAAAGACUCUGGCUCCCCAAUCGCAUCAAAGUCAACAGGAAUUAACGUAAAACAUGGAAAAACAUUUACGUAGAAAGUGGGAUAUUGCUGCCAUAUUUAUUAUUGUACUAUUUAAUUUCCUAAUCAAUUAGUAAUAAUUUGGAGAAUAUCCUGUCGGAUGGAUUGAACUUAUCGGAGGAGUCGAGACAAUCGAUGAUUAUUAUUAUCGAUCGUUUGGAUUUUUUAUUUCAAAUUUCGAAUUCACAAUUUUCACUGAUUUUUUUUCGGUGUCUUUUUUAUAUUAUUUUUAAUAAUGAUAUUAUUUUUGGGUGAACUCGAUUGGAAUAGUAAUGAAACGAAUUGUUUGAGAUAUAAUUAGAUAAUUGGAUUUUAAUAACUAUUUUUGGAGUUAUCGUUG